GGAAGCGGCAGCGCCGCCGCCGGUCAUUGUGGCUCCACGACGCGAUGGCUUCAAGGUUACUUCGCGGAGCGGGGUCCGUGGUGGGCCAGGCCCUGCGGAGCCGCCUGCCGCUCCGGCUCCCGGGCCGCCAGCCCGCCCGCACCAUGGCGGCCGGAGGCGGCAUCCCCACCGACGAGGAGCAGGCCACCGGAUUGGAGAGGGAGAUCCUGAUGGCGGAAAAGAAGGGAUUGGACCCCUACAACCUGCUGGCCCCCAAGGGUGCCGCGGGCACGAGGGAGGAGCCCAACCUGGUCCCCUCCAUCACAGACAAACGCAUCGUGGGCUGCAUCUGUGAGGAGGAUAACAGCGCUGUCAUCUGGUUCUGGCUGCACAAAGGCGAGACCCAGCGCUGCCCAAACUGCGGAACGCACUACAAACUGGUCCCCCAGCAGCUCCACCAUUGAGCACCGCCCUGCCGCCGCCCCUGCCACCCCCACCGCCGUCUGCCCUGGUUCCUGGAGCGGCACCUUCUUUCUAAUAAAGAGCCGGUACCACCUGGCUCCUUCUUCUCCCUCCGUC